AUGGCUCUACACUAUGAGGCUGUCGAUGCAGCGGAUGCCGUAGAGUCUGUUUCAGCUCCCUGCCCUCUCUCGUCCAACGGGUUUUGCUCACUGAAUGGAGCUUGUCGCAAAGGUUCUUGCUCGUGCUUUAGUGGAUUUAUUGGAGAAAGCUGUAUAAAUGCAGUUAUCUGUCCUGAAGAUCUAUCAACAUGUACAUCGACAACCUGUGACCCGGUUUGCCUCCAGUCCCAGAAUGACGUAAUUGUCGUGAGUGAAAGCGGAGAUGAUACACAGGGAACUGGUGAGAGGAUGGAUACUUGUACAACUGGCACAGAUCCGAAAGCUGUCAAGUCGCUGCGACGUGCUCUUGAGCUCGCCACGUCUGGACAAACUAUCUUACUCUAUCCCGGCGUUUACAGUGGGGCUGAUAAUUGCGGUGUUACUGUCUCUACCGCUGGUCUUCUCAUUCGAGGACUGAGAGGCCCAAUUCCAACAAUUAUCGAUUGCAAGAACCUACUCCGAGGUUUGAUAAUCACUAGUAGCGCUGAGCCAAACCAACUGGAAGGGCUCACUCUGCAGAAUACUUUAGCAAGUAACGAUGGCGGUGCAAUUCGAGCUUCGGAUGCGUCUGUUCGGAUGAAGAAUAUGGUCAUCACGAAUGCGAAUUCUCACCAGAAUGGAGGAGCCAUAUAUGGGUACCAGUCCCAGCUAGUUUUUACUAACGUGGAGAUCACAAGCUGCUCUGCUGCUAAAGGAGGUGCUAUUUUCUUGGAUGGGUCACGUUUAACGCUUGAUCAUUCGGUCGUUAAGCUCUGUUCGGCAAGUCAAGGCGGUGGUAUAUACGCGCAGAAUACUGUUUCGAUAAGCGGUGAUAAAGAUAGUAAGUUGUGGAAAAACAGUGCCUCAUACAAUGGGGGUGGACUCUGCGUCGCUGGAAUUUUUACAGGCACAGCACUGAACCUUCUCGAAAACACAGCGCUAGUGGGGGCUGGCCUAGUAGGCACAAGUGGAAGUUCGACACUCUCGGACGUCAACAUCGAAGGCAAUCAUGCAGCCAAUGAUGGUGGAGGGAUUGCGCUACUUAAUACGGCAAAUCUGGUGCUGCACAACUCGCCGAUACAGACAAAUCAUGCCGGUCGCUAUGGCGGAGGACUUUACAUGGUAUCAAACGGUUCGUUCGAGAAUAGCUUGGCUUCAACAAUUUUGGGCUGUACUGCUGGUACGUAG